CCCACUGGGGAAACCACUUUGUGGACUGCCUGGGAAAGCGCCAGUCUCCUAUCAAUAUUCAGAAGAUGCAUGUCAAAUACAACCCGGAACUGGAGCCACUGGAGUUUGUGGGUUAUGGCGGGCCCUUGCAAGGAAGUUUCGCAAUCACCAACAAUGGGCAUUCAGUGCAGAUAGACCUACCUCCAACCAUGACCAUCACCAGAGGGCUUCCUGGGACCUUCACAGCGGUCCAAUUCCAUUUUCACUGGGGUGGACUAGACCUCGAGGCCAGUGGUUCUGAACAUACCGUUGAUGGGAUGCGAUACAUUGCUGAACUGCACAUCGUCCACUACAAUUCAGCCAAGUAUUCAAGUUUUGAAGAAGCGAAGGAUAAGCCCGACGGAUUGGCAGUCCUGGCUUUUCUGUAUGAGGACGGGAAUUUAGAGAACACUUACUACAGUGAUUUCAUUGCCAGCCUGGCGAAAGUCAAGUAUGCAGGGCAGUCUGCCGUGCUCAACACCCUCGACAUCCUAUCUUUGUUGCCCGAAAACCGUGCAAAUUACUACAGGUACCUGGGCUCCCUCACCACACCGCCCUGUUCAGAGACUGUGAUCUGGACCAUAUUUGACUCAACCAUCAAGCUGUCUCACACACAGAUUGGGAUGCUGGAGAAUUCUUUGCUUGACUGGAAGAACAACACCUUGAGGAACGAUUACCGCCGUGCCCAGCCCCUCAACGGCAGGGUGGUUGAAUCCUCUUUCCGUGUCAAGGUUGCUGAAGGGUUUUGCCAUUCGGAAGCCUUCACUUUGAAACUGGAUGAAAUACGGACCCAGCUCCAGGAAAUGAAGAGGCACCUUGUGCAUGUCAUGGGGAAGCCGGGUGGCCAUCCUACCCCGUUCCAGGCCUUUCACUUCCCCCAUGAGAAAGUCGGCAGCUAUGUUGAAGUCCGGCCCCUGCUGGAGAUGAAUUUCAACGCCUUCACGCUUUGCUUCUGGUCCCAGAACCAUAACCAAGGGACCCAAACCGUGUUCCACUAUUCUACCCUGGAGAGAGAAAAAGAAUUGGUGGCCACGGUGGGCUCAGGUGUGGGUGUGUGGAUCGGUGGCCAGUCUCUGCAAUUUAGUCUGCAUCGCGAGUUGACCGAGUGGGUCCACCACUGCAUUACGUGGGACUCUCACACCGGGGUUGUAAAUCUGUGGGUCAACGGAGCAGAAGGCACGGGCAAGAAUGUGGAAAAGGGGUACGUCAUCCAAAAGGGCGGGAUGGUCAUUCUUGGGAAGGAGAAGAACAUGCUGCUGGAUGUUUUCUCCAAUGGGUUUUCUGGCUGGCUGAGCCACCUCAACCUCUGGAAUCGUGUCCUUGACCAUGCAGAGGUCCAGAAGCUCACCGUCUGCAAGAAUGGAGCGGAGAAGGGGAACGUCAUCGCUUGGGGGGGAACGCCCAUGACUUUGUAUGGUGGAGUGAUUUUGGACACCGACAGCAGCUGCAAAUGAUGUUCAUUUUUUAAAAAACGGCGGCCUCAGAAAUUGGUGCUGGUCAAAGCACGGACUCAUGCAAACCUAGUAUUCGUUUUUUU